GAACGCACGUACUCCUUAUAUAUAUACGCAAAUAUUUUCAUUCAUUCUUUUCUUUUUUCGCACGUAGUCUUUACCCGCCUUCCGAAGGACUGGAAUACCGCAAUUUCUGCUAUUUUUAAUCGAGGAAUUGCUCUGUUUUCAUUUGACCUUUUUUUCCUUCAAUCGCAAGCUCUGAUCGCCGGAAAAUAAUCUGUCCGAGGAUCGUUGAUAUCUCCGGAGUCCUUUUUGUGGGACUUUUCAGAGCUGAAAUAAGGAUAUUUUGAGGUCUAAGUACUCUUUCGUGAAGACACCGCACCGUAAUUGUUGUAUGCAAUGUCUAGCUCUGUGAAAGGUUUGGAACCUGCAUUUCAGGGAGCAGGCCAAAAAGUAGGCAUUGAGAUUUGGAGGAUUGAGAACUUCCAACCAGUUCCUUUGCCAAAAUGCGAUUAUGGCAAAUUUUACUCGGGUGAUUCAUACAUUGUCUUACAGACUACUGCUGGUAAGGGUGGUGCUUAUUUGUAUGCCAUACACUUCUGGCUUGGGAAGGAUACUAGCCAGGAUGAAGCUGGAACAGCUGCUAUUAAAAGUGUAGAGCUUGAUGCAACUCUUGGAGGGCGAGCAGUACAGCACAGAGAAGUACAGGGUCAUGAAUCUGAUAAAUUCUUGUCUUACUUUAAGCCCUGCAUUAUGCCAUUGGAAGGUGGUGUCGCGACCGGAUUUAAGAAACCAGAGGAGGAAGAAUUUGAAACACGGUUGUAUGUUUGUAAAGGAAAAAGAGUUGUUAGACUGAAGCAAGUCCCGUUUUCUCGAUCAUCACUGAAUCAUGAUGAUGUGUUUAUUUUGGAUACCAAAGAUAAGAUAUAUCAGUUCAAUGGUGCAAACUCCAAUAUUCAGGAAAGGGCCAAAGCAUUAGAAGUAAUCCAGUUUUUGAAGGACAAAUAUCAUGAAGGAACGUGUGGUGUUGCUAUUGUAGAUGAUGGAAAUUUACAGACAGAAUCAGACUCUGGUGAAUUUUGGGUGCUUUUUGGUGGCUUUGCUCCAAUUAGCAAGAAGGUUGCUAGCGAAGAUGAUAUUAUUCCUGAGAAGUCUCCUGCUAAGAUGUUUAGCAUUAUUGCUGGUCAGGUCAAUCCUGUUGAUGGUGAACUUUCCAAAUCUAUUUUGGAAAACAACAGGUGCUAUUUGUUGGAUUGUGGCAGUGAAAUAUUUGUUUGGGUUGGCCGUUUAACCCAACUGGAUGAAAGGAAAACUGCUCUCCAAACAUCAGAGAAAUUCAUCAGAAGUCAAGGGAGACCCAAGGCAACACAAAUUAUUCAUCUCAUUCAAGGUCAUGAGACAAACUCCUUCAAGUGCAAGUUUGAUACUUGGCCAUCAGCAUCAUCAGCACCUGCUCCUGAAGAUGGAAGAGGGAAAGUAGCAGCUUUACUGAAGCAACAGGGUGUUGGAAUCAAAGGUGCGAGCAAGACUGUUACGGUAAACGAGGAAGUUCCCCCUUUGCUUGGAGGAGGUGGAAAAAUAGAGGUUUGGUGCAUUAAUGGAAGUGUAAAGACUCCAGUUGCCAAAAACGAUGUUGGUAAAUUCUAUAGUGGAGAUUGCUACAUUGUCUUAUAUACCUACCCAACAAAUGAUAAGAAAGAAGAUUAUUACUUAUGUUGGUGGAUUGGAAAGGACAGUGUUGAGGAGGACCAGAAGACGGCUUUUCGGUUGACUACUACUAUGUGCAAUUCACUGAAAGGAAGACCUGUAAUGGGUCGAAUAUUUCAAGGGAAAGAGCCACCACAAUUCGUUGCAAUCUUUCAGCCCAUGGUGGUCCUUAAGGGGGGGCUAAGCUCUGGCUACAAGAACUACAUAUCUGACAAAGGCUUAAAUGAUGAAACCUACACUACUGAUUCAGUUGCUCUUAUUCGGAUAUCUAGAACUUCAGUGCAUAAUAACAAAGCAGUUCAAGUUGAUGCAGUGGCGACUUCCUUGAACUCGCAUGAAUGUUAUCUUGCUCAAUCUGGGUCUUCAAUGUUCACUUGGCAUGGAAACCAGAGCACUUAUGAGCAGCAGCAAUUAGCCAUGAAGAUUGCUGACUUCUUGAAGGUACAGUUCUUUAUGGAGAUUUUGCAAUGAAUGAUUUUUUUUCCUUUUCUAUUUCGUUGGACAUACCCCCCAAUAGCUAAAAAACCUCAUGCUUUGUAAAAAACAAGGAAAUGGUUCACGCAACAAAGAGUAUGAAGAAGUAACUCAAGUACCAAAUAUAUAAAAACAAUAAUUAAGGAGAAACUGCAUCAUAUAGUUGCAUCAUGAAUUUAGAGCAUUGGGCAAAUAUGCCUUCAGUAAAUUCAUAGGAUAGGU